AGUAGGCUCCUAAAUGAAUCAUUCCAGAAAUUGCCGCUGAAACUAGAAGAGAGCGAAUACUGACUAAUCUGAUACUUAUGGAGACUGCUCGUGGAGUCUUAAAUACCUUCAAAGGACAUAAUCAUCUACUUUGAGCACAAAGUCCCACAUAAAACGUGUCUCUGGAACAACCAUUGCUGUGCUGAAGGCUGCUAAUCUUUAAGCACUGGAACCUACAGAAUCUUGGCCUCACGUCCAAUGUGAGCAAGUUGGAGUUGCACGGGUCAUUGCGUGCUGCAGCCAAACUUUUAUUACAAUUCCAGUCGCAACGUUUUAAUGCGCUGUGUCUCGACAGGGAUACGGUUCUGACGAUGCGAUUAAUCAGAAAUCGAGAGGAAUCGCUGGAGUGUCUUCAGAAUAAUUUCAGGGGUACACGGUCCGAAUAAGCCAAGCAGAUCGUCCUCGUUCCAGUUGGGAACGUUGGAGCGUCGCGCCAAAGGACAUUCUCCGAUUUGAAAUAAGCUAUCUAAAUUUGAAAUUUUCGGGUUGCACGAGGAAGUACGUCCACGCGAGCUGCACCGGGGGGUUCAACGUCAACUGGCGUCACCGCCAACGAAUUGCAGUAGACUAGACGGAACUGACCGAAUCCAUUAAUUGCGGUGUAGUGAUAUCAUCAUCCAGUCAACUGUCAUCUCUCAAUCAUCACCUUCCUUUGCCGCUCACAAGUUUCAAAUUGCUUCUAUGCUCUCAUCUGCAUGGUUAUUUUCAAUUUUGCAUGGUCCGUUUUGCAGCGGGAGGAGUUGCAACGGUUGUCUUCGUCGUCGUGGAUGCUAUUUGCAGCUUGUGAAGGAGUGGGAGGGCAUUAAUUUUUUUAUUUUAGGAGAAGGUGGCUUGGUAUGGUGGUGUUGACUCAGUGGUUGUACAUUAGUAUUAGUAGUUGAAGUUGUUGGACUUGAGCUCAAUGCGGUUGUUGUUUGAAGUUCAAUUGUUGAGGUCGCCGUUAAACGCUACUUCUUGUGUAGUGUUUACAUUGUGAAUUUCGUCGCGGGAGGGUUAGGAGAUGAGAGAUUUGCAUUAGAUCAAUGUGAAACGAGGCACUCAAUUGUGAAGUACAAGGAAUCUGCUACAAGUUUGUGUGACGUCGCAAGGAUAAAUUGCGCGUCGGGAGUGGCUGGAAUGUGCUUGCGGGAUAUUGAUGUUCGGAGAAUGAGCAGGAACAGCCGUCGCAACUGCGGAUAGUUGAAACACUUACUUGAUUGUUAGUCUGGUCGUAGGCAAACAUCUAGCUCGCAAUUCUUCCCGUACUUUCUCGUUAUCAAAGGGUCAGUGACGAGGCAGUUCAUGAGUAAACUGCCUUUGUGACGGUUUAGAGAAUUCCUUGAGUUGCACACUUGAGGCUGUCCAUGGACUUGGUUAUGGUCUGGACGGUAUGCCACAGCUGUAGCCAACGACUUGGUUCAAGAGGUCUGAUUAACUCGAUGAAAGUCUGCCACAGAUUUGGAGUGUGUUAGAUUUUUUCAAAUUCAGUAGUGAAGCUGGAGCAUACUUUAAGCAAGAUGAAGCACAGUCCUAACGCUGAACAGUUGCGAGGUGCAGAAGUAGUAAAGGGUAGGUUGAACCGUACUUCGAGGUCAUUACAAGCAGCUAAUAUGAUCAUUGCUCGAAACCCGAAUCCGAUGGGACUUUCAGAUAUGUUGGAUAGUACAUCUGACAAUCUCAAUGGUCAAAACGGGAACUCGAGUGGGCUGCUUGGGAACAAUGUGAAGCAGGGCAAUGAAACUACGAGAGAAUUCAAACUCGCGGAGUGCCUCAAGGAGCUCGCAUCAUUUCAGAGGUCUGUCUUAGAAGACCCUCAAGAAGAUUAUCCUAUGCAGCCCAAAGAUCUCAAUACUCUGUUUUCGGCAGGGAUAAUCCAGUCAAAACGAGUGGAAAAUGCCGAUGCACUGUCUGCUGAAGCCAAGGGCACUGUUUCUGAGGAUCUUGGUAAAGCAGGAUGCAACGUUGGUGCAGUGAAAAGCACAAGACGACGUGAAGUGAAAGCCAUACAACAGAAGCCGUGGUCGUUCUCCACAAAAACUUCCGUGCGGCAAUUGAAGGGGGAUGCCGGUGUUGGCAAGAUUGAAAGGCUUAUCCGUAUGAGCAAAAAGUCACCUGUGGUGGGCGCAAAGUCCAGACAAUAUGUCAUACAUUCGAAUCCACUUGCGACUGGCCGGAGGUUGUCCACAGCGUCUUCAAAGAGGAGAGACUCACUUGAACUGUCACCUACGAAGUGCAAGCGUAUGAGUAACUCUCCGACACUCAAACCGAAGUCGGCUGAGAAAAAGAAAUAUGGCUUUGGUAUCCAGGCGGCAAACGCGGGUAACAGGAAGACCUGUUCAAAUAAGGAACAAAUGCCAACCCUUAAAGGGGGAAAGGCUGAAAAUAAGGCAUUAAAGCACACGGACAGGCAAAAGGUGAUUCUCAAGAGAGUGAUGAGUAGUCCAGUGAAUGGGAAGAAGAAGGUUCUUAGAGAGACGGCUAGUGGCCUCAUGUCAAGCGUUGAUCUUUCUGCCGCAGCCCGCAGAGCACGUCGUUUGUCCCAAGUUCUUAGAAGCGAGCACGAAUUAAAGCACCACAACCAGCAGUACGCAAAAGAGGCACAACAACUGCGGCAGCAAUUGGCCAUAAAGGAAGAUGAGGCUGAUAGGGCUCAAUCAGCGAGCAUGUUGUUAAGGCAAAUAUGUGCAAACCAGGCUGCAGAGCUGAAGUCUUACAAGGAAGCGGUUCCAAUUCUUAUGAAGGAAUUGUCUGAAGUUCGAGAGAAGUACUUCAAGCAAGAGGACGAUUUGCAGUUCGAGCUCAACGCUAAACUUGGCUUUCAGACAGAGGUCUCCAAUCUGCGGGAUUGUGUUGAGUCUCUUACAAAUGACAUCCAACAGACAAGAACAGUAAACACUGCCCUGGCGAAACGUGUCCAUCAGUAUGAGAAAUCCGUGUGCACCAGUUGUCGACUUUACAUUAAUCAAAAGCCGAUGAAGAAGGAGAUGUCCCCCAUGCCUAGUAAGACGAAGGCUGGUCAUCCUUUAAAAACACCUAUAAGACUACGCUCAGAUUCUAACCUUGGGAGAUGGAAUAGUCCAAGGGCUGCUUUGACGUCAAUGAAGGAGAUGGAGAAUUCUUGGCAACUGGAAAACCAGAAACUACCUUUUAAAAGCACAGGAGACGUCAAUCAGAAUCCGCUGAAAGAUCUGGAGCAGCACGAUUUCGCUCUUCAGGCAAGGUGUGAGAAUGUAUCACAAGGAUUGUCAAAUUCAGAUUGCCCUCCGGUUGAUGCACUGAAGAACAGAAUCAGUAGUCUCUUGUUCACUGCUUCUCAAGCUUUAGAAAAUCAACACCGAGCCAUGUAAAGUGCUGUACAAUACUACAUAUCUAUGAUCGGUUUAUUUACAUCAAAACCCCCACUCAGUCUUCACUUCGAAGAAUCAUCUUGAACUUGGUUUAGCUGCUUUGAACUUACUUGCCUAUACCCCGUCCGUGGCAUAGAUCUGAUGCGAAUGUCGUGCACAUUUGAUCAAAACCUGUAGUUGACUCGAGUAGUGAGGACGUAAAUCUUCAUAGCACAUGUGAAUUUCCAGUGGGAUGUCGAGAUCAGUGCGACGAAACAUCCUGUUGUAAUUGUUGAAUGGAUUAAUUACAAGUGUCUGGAAUAUUCUAGAUCAAAUUACAUCCUGAGAUUAUGAUGCUUUUCACUAGGAGGAGCUAAUCAAGUGGGAUCCAGGUUGUGGUGCUCGGUUUGGAUGAUAAUCAAAUUUGCAUUCCUCUUCUUAA